CGCGGAGGUUCCGAAUCUCGUCCCGCGCGCGCCUUUCUGCCCGCCUGGCUCUCGCGCCUGACAGGCGGCCGGGCCGCGCCGCUCCAUGGCCUUGGCGCCCGCCCGCCGCGGCUGAGCGCCCGCUCCGCUCCGCCAGCGCCGGGGCAUGGUGGGCAGGCUCGCCCUGGCCGCGGCGGCCGCUUCCCUCCCCGGGAAGGACGGCGACGCUCAGCCAUGCAAGAAACGGCGAGAGGAAGAUGCUUCUGUGAAAACAAUCACAAGAUAUUUUUCACCACUAGCAAAACCAGUGGAUAAAGUGUUGUCACCACCAAAAACCAACAAUAUAUUGGAUUAUUUUAAAAAGACGUCUGUAGCUGAGAAAGCUACAUUACCAGUGGUAGCUGGAGAAAAUAAAACACUGUUGGAUGCUGAUGACAAAGACUGUAAGUCACCUUUUAAACCACCUUUAAAGCGGAAGAGGAAGAGAGUUAAUUUAAAUAAUAAGCUAAGAGAGAGGAAAGAAUCUGAGAAUGAACAUCAAGUACAAAUUAUUAGUGAUGACAACAGAGAAACAACAGGGCUGAAACAAGAUAGUAAUGAUUUUACUGCUCCUUGUACUUUAGUUGAUGAAAAAUGUACAAGAGAAUUAGCAGAGGAUAACGUGCAAAGAGAGAACUUUUCAAGUGAUGUCAUCUACAGAAAAAACGCAGAUAAAGUUGGUUUGAAAGUAAAUGGAACAAAAAAUAGGACAAGAAAAUCAAGGAAAAGGAAGCACAAAGUAAAUAUGGAUUUGUCUGAAAGUUUUUCAUCUGAAAACCAGCUGAAUGAAAAGUGGGAAAAGGAAACUGAAGAUAAUAAAAAGAUGGUGUCUCCUGCAAUAGCAGAGUGUGAUGCUGCUAUUAGCGACUCCAGUUUUGAAGUUCAUCCAGAUGACAAAACAUCGCGGGUAAAUAAUAGUAUAAUAACAGUGUCAUUUGAGGAAUUCCUCAAGAGUCAAGGAGAAAAUGACGGAGCUGGUGUUGAAGAAGACACAAAGCCAACAGUGGACAGUUCUGCCCCAGCAAACGAAACAGACAAAAGUGAUAAUGUUGGUGACCUGGAAAAGGGUGAGGAGUCUCAGCAGCCGCCGCUCAGAACAGUAACUGUCCUGGCACAGGUUCAUUCCAUCCCCCCAAAAUUAGCUGCAUUACAUAAGGAGCAAAAAGGCUCUAGGAAAAUAGCUUCCAUUUUUUUGAAGCAGAGAAGAAGCGUAGGGGAAAAAGAAAGCAGCCCACCCCCCUUGGACAGCGAACAAAUGGAGCAGGUUACUCAGAAAAGAAAAUCUAAUGUAGUUAUUGAGGAAGAAGAACUGGAAUUAGCUGUGCUGGAGACUGGAGGGUCGGAUUAUUUGAAGCCAAAAUGUAGUCUGGAAGAAAGGCAUCAGUUCAUGAAGGCGUUUAGACAACCAACAGCAGACGUCGUGAAAAGUGGAGUUAAAAAGACACCUGGAAAACAAAAGCAAACUGUCGGAAAGCCCUCAAAAGAAAAAGGAGGACCCGAAGAUGACGUUGCUUCGAAUAAAGGAUUAGAAAGUGGAGAACCAGAAGGUUCUGUGGACAAAUGCACACGUUCUAGUGCUAGAACUAAAACUAAAAGACCUACAAAGUUUCAGAAAAAAGGAAACAGAAGGAAGGCUUCCGAGACUGAGGAAACCAACGUCUCGAAUAUAAGCAGUUACAAUGAAGAUGAGGAUUCAGGAUCUAGCGUUCUCACCAAGGAGAACACCCUAAAUGCGAGAAUUUCAUCAAGUCCACAAGUGAACGAGUUAAGGAGGAGUUUAAGGCAGAAGAACAUCAAAACACCAAAAAGCGUUACACCUAAAAAAGUCAGGAUUAGAAAUAAUGAAUUAAGUGGCCGACCCUUACAGACUUCCACACCCAAAGCGAGCAAGCGAGCCCUGAGGAAAAUUAACAUGUAUAAAGCCGAGGUGAUUACCGUGCCCUUAGAUGGAAACAGCCCGAUAAGAAUGAGGUUUACACGUAUCAGUGCAACUACAAAAUCAAGUAAAGCUGAAGCAAUGAAAAAUGAAGAGUUUAACUCCAAAAAUAUAAAGAUAAGCUCUACUUCUAAAAAUAUAUCCAAAGCAAAACAGCUGGUAGAGAAAGCGAAGGCCAUACGGCACAACCGAUCAAAGGUUAACGAAGAGGCCCCGGCUCCCGUCCGGCGCUCGUCUCGACAGCGAGCGCUCGCUGAGAAGAAAAAGCUACAAGAAGAUGAGGAAUCGGUAAUAAUUUUAGAUUCAAGCCUGAGUGAUACCAGCACUGCAGCGCACAGCGUGAAGCAAAAGAGUCUUCGGAGCUUGAAUGAUGUUUUGGGGAAAAAGUCUAGAAAGUUGAAUGUUGCAAAGAACUCAAAUGGAAAACCGGGGUAUCCACCUUCCUUCCAAGGCCGACGAGCUCAAAUCUCUGCAGCUGAACCCAUCGUGAUCUUUGAUGAAGGCAGCCAAGACGCAUCUGAAAAUUCUCAAGAUGAUGAUCAGUUCAGAGCAAAACGUGAGUUCCUGAUGAGCGGGUUGCCAGAGCUGCUGAAGAGGCAGAUUGCGAAGAAAGCGGCAGCGAUGGAAGCGUAUUCCCUUGCAAGUUCCUGCUUUAGGACCGUUGUCCACGUGCGGCAGAAGGAUGACUGUUAUCCCAUGUGGAAACUGAAAUCACCAUCGUGUCCUCUGUUAACGAAGCUGAGGAAACUGAACACUGAAGUCACUAAUGUCACAAAAAUCGCCCUCUCGCUUGGUGAAUUCUCCACUGUGAAUUCAAAAGUAACUGGAAACUGUUCUGCACCUGUGCUUUCUGGCCACCGACCAGUUUUUUCUGAUACGUUCAGGGAAGAUUUACUAGAUGAGAUAAUGUCUUCUAAUUCUCAAUUUCCGGUGAGAAAAUACUUCGACAAAUUUCUGAAAAAGCAAACGGAAGGUUCGGGUUUUGAAAACAGUACCAGUGUACAAGAAGAUGGCACUGCAAGUUCGGAGGUAAAUCAGAAACAUUCUGACAACUGGAAGGAAACUAAGAGGAAAAGGAAAGAAACAGAAGACCACAAAUCAAAAAGGAGAAAACAAAUUGAAGGUACAGAGACUGAAAUAAAAUCCAGAGUUUCCAAGAGCCUUAUUUCUCCCUUAUCUGGAGAAAGACAAGUAGAGACAGGACAAGCAACACAUCUAGGAGAAAACAAGGCCCAGAAACCAGAUGUUAUGACAGAAGACACUGAAGAUUCAUCAGAGCCAAAUGCACUUUCUGGUGUUGAAAAGGAAGACGUGCUCUGGACAGAAAAAUAUCAGCCUCAAGAUUCCAGUGAACUUGUAGGGAACAAGAAAGAAAUUGAAAGGCUACGCAGUUGGUUAAAAGAAUGGAAAAAAAGAGCUGAUUGGGAAGAAAAACGAAAUCAGAAAGGGGAAAAGGAGGACAAAGGGCAUCAAGACUCUUUGGACAGCCUUGACUUUAAAGAUGAUCAGUCCGAUGUUGAGGAAGAGAGCAGCCUGUGCAAUACGGUUCUGAUCACCGGCCCGCCGGGAGUGGGGAAGACUGCUGCGGUCUAUGCUUGUGCUCAGGAGCUCGGUUUCAAGGUAUUUGAAGUCAAUGCCUCUUGCCAGCGGAGCGGUAGACAGAUACUGUCCCAACUAAAAGAAGCUACUCAGUCUCAUCAGGUGGACAAAAAAGGCGUUAAUGCACACAAGCCUUGCUUUUUUAACAGCUGUAGCAGUGCCAAGUCACCAAAAAAAAUGUAUUCUCCCAAGAAAGUUAUUUCACCAAGAAAACCUCCAUUAUCACCGAAAGGAGGAGGAUUAAAACGAAGCCUUCCCCCUAAAACACUGGCAAACUAUUUCAAAAUUUCUUCCAAACGUAAAGAUAAUGACGGAACAGUAACAUCUCAAGAAAAAAGUAAAGGGAAUACUCAGGAUUCACGUGAAGAAAAGAAAGAUGCUCAAAUCAAGUCAAUAAGCAAAGAAGUAGAAGGAGGAGAACACAACAGAAAAAGUGCAACAUCUCUCAUUCUUUUUGAAGAGGUGGAUAUAAUAUUUGAUGAAGAUGCAGGAUUCCUAAGUGCAAUAAAGACGUUCAUGGCAACUGCAAAGAGACCCGUAGUUCUCACUACCAAUGAUCCAACAUUCAGCUUAAUGUUUGAUGGCUAUUUUGAAGAGAUCAACUUCAAAACCCCUUCUUUGGUCCAUGCUGCCAGCUUUCUCCAAGCGCUGUGUCUGGCUGAGAAUCUACGAACAGAUGUGAAAGACUUGGCUGCUCUGUUAACCACGAAUAACUGCGAUAUCAGACGAAGCGUUCUCUACUUGCAGUUUUGGGUUAGAAGUGGAGGGGGAUUCUUGAAAGACAAACGCUUGGCACAUCGUGGAGGAGAUGAGACAAACGAAGCGGAUCACGUAAUUCAUUCUGAAGAGACCACUGAUUCCAAGAUGGAUUUUUCUCAAGCUGAUGCACAUCUUCAGGAAUUUCCCAAAUGUGAUACGGGCUGUGUAGAGACAUUGCUUGGCCUUAAGAAUAUCCUGUUGCCUUCAGAAGAUUUGGUUACGUUUCUUAAGCACAAAACGACAACUAUGGAGAAAUUGAAUAAAUUAAUGCAGCUUCUCACAGAAUUCCAGAUGAAGAAAGUGGAUUUUAUAUAUAGCAAUCUCGAGCUUGUUCUUCCCUUACCAGUGCGAGUUCUUUCAAACCAGUCUGACCCCUCUAACUCUAUACUUGAAAAGACUAAUGUAGUUUCUUCAAAAACCGGAUCUGACAGUCAUUGCUCUGGAAAAAGCAGCACUGGAAGAAAGUCUAAAAAGACAAAGAACCAGAAAAGGCUUGUUACAUUGGAUGAUAGUGACUUAUUUGAUACUGGACUGAACUAUUCAGCUGAAUUCAUAACUUUGCCAUCGGAUAGUCCUCCAUCGUGUGCUGAAGGGAAUAAAGAGGAGCCAAAAUUGUUGAUGAAUAAAGAAGAAAAAGAAGCUAAAACUAAAACCCCAGCAAAGGAGAAGAGGUCUGCUCUAGUUGUUCAGUGUCUGAACUCCCUGGCUGAAUUUGUGGAGAACAUGUCUUUCUUGGAUUGCUGUGUAAACACCAACACCAAGGAACCAAUGGAGUUUUCUACAGAUGAAGGAUUUAAUUGGACAAAUGGCAAAAUCAAAAAUGGGCUUUGUGAUGAGUUCAGUAUAGAAAAUACUGAUUGGUGGAGUUCCCAGAGCUGUAGUGAAAUAAAGGCAGCUAUUGAAGCGCUCAGCUUUAACAAAUGUUCUGUUAAUAUGCUACAAAACUUGGAAUCCUCUUUGAGUGAAACACCUGACAGCGAUCAGCUGGAGGGACUGACUUUGCAUAUUUCUAACACAAGAAACGACGUAUCCUUCAGCCAGGCAGCUGAGUCAAGCGUUUACAAAAAAGCACAGAAGCGGCUGGCAGUCAUCAGAACUGUAUUUUCCAGAAGUCCUUUAAACCUUGGCAAUAAGCAGGCCAGCGUACUUGAAUACCUCCCCACGCUUCGCAGUAUCUGUAGGUCUGAGAAGCUGAAAGAGCAAGGGAAGACGAAAAGAAGGUUCUUGCAUUAUCUUGAAGGGAUUCAUCUUGAAAUACCCAGACAAAUGAUAAAUGGUCUGUGUUUGGACUUCCCUUAAAAUCACUAACACCAGAAAUACUUUGUGCCUAAUGGUGGUAUUCUCACCAUAUUUUUUUUUUAAACACAUUAUUUUAUUGUAUAUUCAGAGCCAUUUGUAUAUUAAAUUUCUAUAAGUAUUUAAAAUAAUGUAUAUAUCUAUUGUCAUGAUAUUGCUCUCCACAGCUGAAAUGUGGGGUCGUUUGGUGCUUGUCCAAUAAGUGCGUUUAUAAUACUAAAUGCACAGACUGAUCAGUGGGGAGCACUUCAUGCUCUUUCUCUGUAAUUUGUGAAUCACACAGCAAGAAGUCCUUUUGUAACGAGCAACUGUCACAGCUUCCACAGCAAAGGUGCUUUAUUUGAGGAGACUGUUUUAUUAAAACAAGCUUUUUUUUUCCUCUGAAUUUGCAGUUAAGUGUGAAAUAACCCGGGGUGGGAGUGGGCACGGAGAGGACGUGACAAGUCUUCUAAACUAAAAACAACUCAAACCAACUCUUUACAAGGACACGGUCUUUACAGAGCACUGUGCCUCCAUGUACAUACAUCUGUAUCCGUUGGUUUCAUUUCACUGUUUACAACUGUCAGGUCUGCAUGUUAAUCUCCUAAAAAGGUAGAGAAAUCAUCACUGUAGCUCAAGAGGGACUCGGAGAUUAGACAAGAUUUUGUAAAUAACAAUUAUUCCAGUGUUCCUUUGGUUUCGGUAAUAUUUAACUACUUCUAGUCUUGUAUAUUGUGUUCUAUUUUUAUACUUCAUUUUGUAUUUGACAAGACUUCAGCCUGACUAUUUGUGAUUGCAUCAGCUUUUGUACGACAAUAAAUUUGUGAGACUUUGCUACAA